AUGAGCAUGAGGGAGACCUGCGCCCAGGAAGUGGGGCCAGGGGAUGGGGAGGAAAAGCGGAGCGAAGGCACUCAGAAUCCGGACAGGAGGCAGCGCGAAGUGGAGCUGCGGGAUAAAGCCAUCCUGCAACAGAAGAGGCGCCUGAAACAGGCCACCCAGUUUGUGCACAAGGAUUCUGCUGACCUGCUGCCCCUGGAUGGCUUGAAGAGGCUGGGCACCUCCAAGGAUCUGCAGCCACACAGUGUGGUACAACGGCGCCUCCUGGAGGGGAAUCUGAACAAGCUGCGGGGGGAGAGCAGGGAAUAUACCACAUGGGUUCAAUCCCCACUGGUGAAGGACAAGGAUGACGGGGCAGAAAAGAAAGAGAAUGACAGAAGGAAAGAGACUGUGUCCCUGCUCAUACACUGCAAGUGCCAAGGUCAGGUAUUGAGAGCUGCUGUUAACACUGGCUGCCAGCAAAACCUCAUCUCCAUGAGCUGUCUGAAACGGCUGGGGCUGGAGGAAGUGUCCGAUGCUGGCAAUGGGGAUCUCUCCCUUCCUGUCCCUAGUGUCAUUGGCCAGGUGGAGUGUGUGGAGGUGCAGCUUGGCCAGGAGACGGUGGUGUGCUCAGCGCUGGUCGUGGAUGAUGAAAUGCUGGAGUUCUGUUUCGGCCUCCAGACUCUGCUGUCUCUCAAGUGCUGCAUCGACUUGGAGGAAGGAGUCCUGCGGCUGAAAGCCCUGAGUGAAGAGCUGCCUUUCUUACAUGCCUCUGACGAGCAUGGGCAGUGA